AUUAGUAGGGUUUGUUAAUCAGAUGAACCAUUGAAUGGGGGCGGGACGACGACGGAUGGAGAUGGCAGCGGCGAUAUCGCUGGACGGGGUUCGGGACAAAAACGUGAUGCAAUUGAAGAAGCUCAACACCGCCCUCUUCCCCGUCCGCUACAACGACAAGUAUUACGCCGACGCUCUCGCCUCCGGCGACUUCACCAAACUCGCUUAUUUCAGUGACAUAUGUGUUGGUUCCAUUGCAUGUCGACUCGAGAAGAAGGAAGGAGGGGCCAUCUGUGUUUAUAUCAUGACCCUGGGUGUUUUGGCACCAUAUCGUGGGCUUGGAAUUGGUACAAAGUUGUUGAGUCAUGUACUGGAUCUUUCUUGCAAGCAGAACAUCUCGGAGGUGUACUUGCAUGUGCAGACUAACAAUGAUGACGCAAUUGCCUUCUACAAAAAGUUUGGAUUUGAAGUCGUAGAUACAAUACAAAAUUACUAUACGAACAUUAGCCCACCUGAUUGUUAUGUGCUGAGUAAAAGUAUUGCCCAAGAUCAUGCAAAAAAGUGAUCCUCUUAUGUAUUUAUUUGUACCAACAAAUUGAUACUCUCCAGCUUAUGAGAUCUUCCAAAUAAUUUUGGUUA